ACCGCAACCACGCACAAGCAUCGCGUCCUAGAGCCGGGACAACUGCGAGUGGCUGAUUCAUCCGUUGUUCUAUGAUCCAGAUCUGCUAAUUGCAGCUUCUCUUGCCAUCUCAACCCCGACAGCAGCAGCAGCAUCUUACGCGGCUGAACAUCACGACGGCGCGCAAGAGCUCCUAGCACCCACAUUCGCCCACCAUGAACGGCGACAGCUAUUCCAGAGACGGUGGCCGAUCAAGCGGAUCGCGCAACUACGUGAGUGCCGACACUCGUCGCGACAAAAGCGAGCGUUCACUGACAGAGCAGUCCUCGAGAGAUGACCAUCGCGAUCGCGGCGAACGGGGCGACCGUGGUGGCGACAGGCGCCGCCGUCGUUCCCGCUCCCCACGCCACGGCGGAGGCUCCCGCCGUGACUACGAGGUAGACACGUACUCCUCCAGCCGCGACUACCGUGAGCGCGAGCGCGAAGACACAUACGCCCGCCGUGAGCGUCGCGAUGACCGGGGCGAGCGUGGAGGAGAGCGUGGUGCCGAGCGUGGUGCCGAGCGUGGGGCCUGGGGCGAUUCCUACUCUCGACGCGACCGACCUCGAGGAGACCGCGACCGCGACGACGACCGCGGCCACCGACGCGAACGCGGAGACCGCAACGAAAGGGGCGGCGACCGAUUUGGAGGCGAAGAGCGCAGAGGCGGACGGGGAGGACGCGAUGGAGGCUUCGGCGGUGGACGUGAUAGGAUGCGUCAGCAAAAAGAGGAGUCUCCGCCCUUCAACAAGCCGCGCGAGGCUACGCCCGAUCUCACCAGCUUCACAAACAUUCAGAAGCGCGAGCGUCGCAUGACACAAUGGGACAUCAAGCCCGCAGGUUACGAGAACAUCACCGCCGAGCAGGCCAAGCUGUCAGGCAUGUUCCCGCUGCCCGGAGCUCCUCGCGCUGCGCCCAUGGACCCGUCCAAACUCGCCGCCUUCAUCUCGCCCUCUGCAGGAACCGCCACCGCUGCCGCCCUUGCAACAUCUGGCGCGAAGCAGUCGAAGCGUCUCUAUGUCCACAACCUGCCCUCGGGCUGCACUUCCCAGGAGAUCAUGGAGUUCUUCAAUAACCAACUUAACGGUCUCAACGUUGUUUCUGGCAACGACCCCUGCCUGUCGGCCCACAUCGCUACCAGUAAGGAAUACGCUGCAUUGGAGUUCAAGGCACCCGAAGAUGCGACCCUCGCCUUGGCUAUGAAUGGCAUUUCCAUGCGCGAUGAUGGAGGCGCACCUGAUAGGUCGGGUCUGUCUAUCCGCCGUCCCAAGGACUACAUAACCCCCACCGCCGACGAGAACGCAUACCCGCCCGGCGAUGAGGUUUCGUCCAUUGUCAAGGACAGUCCCAACAAGCUGAGCAUCGUCAAUAUCCCCACGUACAUCGAAGAGGAGCAGAUCCGAGAGCUUGUAGAGACCAUGGGCAAGCUCAAGGCCUUUACUUUGGUCAAGGACACCGGCACCGACCAGCACCGCGGUAUUGCAUUCUGCGAGUAUGCUGACAACGGAGUCAUCGACGCCGUCAUCGAAGGUCUGAACGACAUCCCACUCGGCGAUGGUAACCUCAAGGUUUCGCGCGCGACCGUCGGACUUCAGCAGACGACUGGUCUCGACGGUGGAGUUGGCGCCAUCUCCAUGUUGGCAGGAGCUAGCGCUGCUGAGAACCAUGAGCACAGCCGUGUCAUAUGCCUGAUGAACAUGGUCACAUCAGACGAGCUACUCAACGAUGAGGAAUACGAAGAAAUCAAGGAAGACAUCGAAGAGGAGUGCGGCAAGUACGGACCCAUCAUCGAGACCAAGAUUCCCCGCCCCGCCGGUGCCCGCGUCAACCUCGGUGUUGGCAAGAUCUACAUCAAGUACAAGGAUACAGAGUCUGCGCAAAAGGCUAUCAAAGCACUUGCCGGUCGUCAAUUCUCCCGGAGAACUGUUGUCGCGACAGAGUUCUCCGAAGAGGGCUUCGACGUUGAUGCCUGGUAGAUAUAAGAUUGUUUAAGUUGCGCGUUCGACUUCUUCAGGUUGGUGCAAUUGCACACCAUUAUUGCCGCGUUGGGGAGUACCAAAACGGGAGAGUGAAGCUCAGCAUUUGUACACUAAUUUGGUUCCAGGGGAUGUUAGCAUGUCCAUCUGUGAGAUGGUACAAGUAUUUGCCUGUAUCUUGAAUACCUAGGCUAGAGUGCUAGAUUGCACUCAUAGUAGCUUGCCUAGAUAUCAUACCGCAUUGUUAUCAUAGACGAUGAAUCUG